GACAAUUCUCGGUGUAGUUCACGCUCUGCUUUGCGGCAAACUCUACUACACGUCGAUUUCAUCAUCUUUUCUGCAAAGUUAGUGAAAAGCGAUCUCUUCGAGGCGGCUCAAGAUGGUGCUCGAUUUGGAUUUGUUCCGUAGCGACAAAGGUAACGAUCCGGAGAAGGUUAAAGAGAACCAAACGAAGCGAUUCAAGGAUGUGGCACUGGUGGAGACGGUCAUCGAGCAGGACAAGGAGUGGCGCCGGUGCCGUUUCAACAUGGACAAUUACAACAAACUAAAGAAUCUCUGCAGUAAGGAAAUCGGUGAAAAGAUGAAGAAAAAGGAACCGCAGGGGGACGAAAGCGAACCGGUACCGCAGGCGGUGGUGGACGAACUGGGGGAAAUGCAGCUCAAUUCGCUCAAAACCCUGACCGUGCACCAGAUCAAGAAGGUUCGCACGAUGAUCGACGAAGCGGUGGUGGAGAACGAGCAGAAGAUGAAGGAGGUGGAAGCGAAGCGCAAUGCGGCCCUGCGCGAGGUCGGCAAUCAUCUGCACGAAAGUGUGCCGGUCAGCAACGACGAGGACGAAAACCGGGUCGAGCGUACGUUUGGCAACUGUGAAACGCGCCAGAAAUACUCGCACGUAGAUCUGAUUGUUAUGAUCGACGGUAUGAACGGCGACAAGGGUGCGGUCGUGUCCGGAGGUCGCGGAUACUUCCUUACCGGACCGGCCGUGUUUCUGGAGCAGGCACUGAUCCAGCAUUCACUACACAGCCUGUACGCGAAGGGUUACACGCCGCUCUACACACCGUUCUUCAUGCGCAAGGAAGUGAUGCAGGAAGUUGCCCAGUUGUCCCAAUUCGACGAGGAGCUGUACAAGGUGGUGGGCAAGGGCAGUGAACGUGCCGAGGACGGUACGGUGGCGGAUGAAAAGUAUCUCAUUGCCACCUCGGAGCAGCCGAUUGCGGCGUACCAUCGUGACGAGUGGGUUCCGGAAGCGGCGUUACCGAUCAAGUACGCCGGCCUGUCCACCUGUUUCCGGCAGGAGGUUGGUUCGCACGGUCGCGACACCCGCGGUAUCUUCCGGGUGCAUCAGUUCGAGAAGGUGGAACAGUUUGUGCUGACCUCGCCGCAUGACAACAAAUCGUGGGAAAUGAUGGACGAGAUGAUUGGCAAUGCCGAGGCUUUCUGCCAAUCGCUCGGAAUCCCUUACCGUGUGGUUAAUAUCGUUUCCGGUGCACUAAACCAUGCCGCUUCGAAGAAGCUCGACCUGGAGGCCUGGUUUGCGGGAUCCGGAGCGUUCCGGGAGCUCGUAUCUUGUAGCAACUGCUUGGACUAUCAGGCUCGCCGGUUACUCGUGCGCUAUGGGCAGACGAAGAAGAUGAAUGCCGCUGUCGAUUACGUGCACAUGCUCAAUGCAACCAUGUGCGCCACGACGCGUGUUAUUUGCGCCAUCCUUGAAACGCAUCAAACGGAAACUGGAGUAAAGGUCCCAGAAGUCCUACAGAAGUACAUGCCGGAGAAGUAUCGUGAGGAGAUUCCAUUCGUUAAGCCAGCACCGAUUGACUUGGAACAGGCGGCGGCUGAAGCGAAGAAGGGUGGCAAAAAGGGUGCAACCGAGAAGAAAACUGGAACAGCAGCAUAAUUACCGUCCUUAGCAGCAGCAGCAGAUCUGCCGCACAUUUAUCACGCGCAGAAGGAUGUCGUCUAAUUUAUUUCAAAUCCACGAAUAUGCGAAAAGUUGACAUUUAAAGUGAGCAUUUACAUGUAUGAUGGUAAACGGUCGAAAUAAAAUAGGUUUCGGACGCAUUUGCUUUCAUUCGCCGGCGGCUUACGCGUCUAUAAUUGGCUUCUAAUAAGCAAAAAAGAUAAAUAA